GCACUCGAGGAAGACUACAAGGGAGCACGCGAGUCAACGGAGGUUACAUGAGGGGGCGGACAAAGAAUGCGAAAAGACUCGAAAGGUCGCAACUGGAGGUUGCGACUGACCGUUACAACAUCACGGAUGCCAUCCGCGCCAAUCUCGGGCCCAGCUGUCGUCCUUACAUUUUUUUCGUCCCUGGCAGGCAGCGGUAACCGCUGCCUGCCCCCCGCUAUUAACCUAACCUAACCUCCGCGCGGCGCUGCCGAAUCGCGCAGCACUGCUGCGAGGGCCGACUGAAGAGAGGCCACGCGAAGCGAUAAAUGUCACCACAGAACAGAAGCGAGGCAGAACAGAUAGAACACCACAGUGGCGUCUGCAUCCUCUCGCUUUCUCGUUCUGUAGCGGGACUCCACUUCGCCCUCUUUCUCCGUCAGCUGCGGGAAAGCCUAAAGGCGAACCGUGCACGGCCUAGGACCGCUUUCCUUACGUCCUUUCCUUCGCUGCUGCGAGUACUCCCUGUUUUUCGCUAUGGCCUCUCCUCGUUCUCUGCCCUUCGCCGCGGCCGCUGCUGCGCUGUGCGUGCUGGCCGUGGCUGUGUGCUUCGCUGUCUCCGCCGCUGCUGCCGAGCCCGUCACCGGCGUCACGCCCGAGAGGGAAGUGGCGGCGAUGAUGGCGAUCCGCGACUCGUUCGAGAACGCCGACAUGUUCAUGCCGCAGUGGGGCGGCAUGGGCGACAUCUGCGGCCCGCUGGGGUGGGCGCCCGAGGUGAUGUGCGACAUGACCGAGUCGGGCAACUACACCAUCAUCGGCAUCUCCAUCCGCGGCGCUCUGCGCGGCAGCCUCAGCCCGCUCAUCCUGGACCUCGAGAACCUCAGCGCGCUGCAGCUGAGCAGCCUGUAUAUCACCAAGCCCGGGCUGCUCAAAACGAUCAAGCAGCUCACGCAGCUUAACACGCUCGACAUAACCAAUGUGGCGGUGGGAUUCACCACGGCUGAGCUUGACCUCUCGGGAUUCACCAACCUCGAGAGCCUCACGCUGCGCAACGUGCUGAUGACGGGCCCCAUCGCCAAGCUCAACCUCCCCUCGCUCCCCAACCUGCACUUCCUCGACUUGGGCCAGAACCGGCUGACGGGGGAGUUGCCGGAGGGCCUCAGCAGCAUCGUUCAGAUGGAUCUGUCCACCAACCAGCUCUCCGGCAUGCUUCCCACGGACCUCCUCUCCUCCCCUAACGUCACCUCCAUCAUGCUGUACAACAACAGGCUGCAGGGCGCUCUCCCGGACGUGUUCUCCUCUGCUACCAAGCUGCGCACGCUGGAGCUCUCAUUGAACAAGCUCGUGGGCACCCUCCCUCCUUCUCUCGCAGAGUCGCGCACUCUCACCUACAUCGAUCUGAGCACCAACCAGUUCGUGGGCAAGUUGCCUCGCUUCUUUGCUGCCUGCACCAUCACCAACGUCUCCGCAUACCUCAACGUGUCCAGCAACAAGCUCACGGGCAAGCUUCCCAACAGCCUUGCGCUCUACACGGCCCGCAACACCGCCGCACUCACACUCGACCUGUCCUACAACGACCUCUCUGGCUCUGUCCCCGAGGGUCUCUUCGCCGCCGAUGCCUUCUUCUACGACCACAACGACGGGCUCUGCGGGGCGCCCCACAUCCCUGCCUGCAACGCCGAUGGCACGCCCUCUGCUGAUAGGGCUGGUGUCAAUGAAACUGCUGCUGCUGGUGGCCUUUUCGGUGGUCCGCCGCGUGGGGAGCCUUACUUCAAAGAUGACGGCACCAUCGGGUAUCUGCCUGUCGCUGAUCCCGCCGACCCCGCCCCCCCUUCACCUGACACCGAUGCUGCUGAUGGUGGGUUUUCUGAGGGUGGUGCUGGUGAGGGUGGUGUUGCUGAUGGUGCUGCUGACGACGGUGGUCCUUUUCCUGGUGCCGUUCCUAUUUUUAACAAGGAUGGCACCGUCACGUUUCAGCUGCCCAAUGCCUCCACCCCUGCUACCCCUUCUGCUGACACCAAGGCUGCUGCGGCUGACACUGCUGCCACUGCAGUGCCUUCCAGCACCCCGGCUCUCACCUGCACUUGCGAGCAGCUGUCGGCUGGCGCCAUCUUCGGCAUUGCCUUUGGCGCUGCUGUGCUGGCGGGUGUGCUCGUGGCAGCGGUGGUGCUGACAUGGCUGCACUAUGGCAGCACCCGUGGGAUGGCACGUGUGGAGGGCGCUGGGUUUGUGUUUGCGCCUCAGAAUGGGGAGAAGAUGGGCGGCGUUGGGGCCAAGGGGCCGAAGGACCUGGAGGCAUACAACUAGGGGCAAGGAUGAGUUUUUAAAUCUCAUAAGUUUCUAUGGGUUUAUCGAACAUGGCAGUGUUUUCUGACUUACGGAUGAAGGAAAGCUAUUUAUCAGCGAUAUUUUUGGUUCUGUCAUUGUUGAUGUUUUUGUUGUGAUAAAUGAAGUUUUGCAUUCCUGCAACUUCCGUUUUUUGGUGUAGUUAGCAGUAUCGAGUUUCUCGGUAAGGGAACAGGUCCGAGUGCUGAUGUCACCAAAGCAUCGCGCGUCUCGGGAUUACGUCAGCAUACCGCUUCAGUUACGCGAACAGUCGCGACUCUAUAGUAUGACGAAUAGGUCGCAUAGCGCGCAACUAGCCGAACAGGUACUUUCCCUAGAGCUAUACGUCAUUGUAAUGCCUUUCUAUUAUUAACCU